GGGAGUUACCGGCAGGCAUAGGGAUGGACAGUCCAGGCCUGCUCUCCCUGCCUGAGGAUGGGGCCUGGAGAGCGAUUCCCGACGAGGUGUACGUGGGUAUCCGGAGCUGCACGUGGGUUGUGUGCAUGUCUAAUUCGGCGUUAGUACGAGUCCUGUAGUUCUGAGGUCCUCCUCGGAGCUAUGAUAGACUUGCUGCCGUUUUUGUGCAGACCUUUGCCGCCCAGAGUGGACCGGCCGCUUAGGCCCUUUUAACUGUGUCUUAGGGCGAGCCUCUUAACGUCGGCUCUCACUCUUAUAUGUAAAACAGGAAUAAUCGCAGUAAUUUCCUCCUUUCCUCCCCGGAUUAUGAGAAACUAAUUGUAAAGAGCUCGGUUUAGCACUUAAAACUUUUUUUACUCCUGCCCCUUCGUUUUGCCGGAGGAAUUUUUACGUGAUGCAGGUUGAAAGGGAAUCGAUUAUAUGCCAAAAGUGGUACCACGUGGGUUCCAGUUUCUGAGUUCCCUCUCUUUGACAAUCACAAUAGUGCCCUGUGCCUUUAAAAAAAAAAAAAAAAAAAGCCGGGUGGAGGGAGCUACUCCACGGUCUCCCCAGGAAAUCUCUCCUUGAGUGUGAAGCAGAGAACCUCCAGAGGCUGGGGAAGAUGCAGGGACAGAGCUGAAGGACUCAGAGAUAAGCCGGUGCAGAGUCAGAGCUGAAUCCGGACAUCUCGUGCACGAUUCCAUCCAGAGAACUUGCUUCAGUCCCGGCUCUGCAGGCUCAGGAUGGACAAACCUUUUCUGCACGAGAGCGACUUUACCUCAGAUGAUGGUCAGCCAGAGGUUGUCAGAAGAGAAUCUACACGACUUUCAAGAGAGCAGCUUUGUACACUAAUAUCUGCUGCUUCCAUUAAUUUGGGAUCAAUGAUGUGCUAUUCAAUAUUGGGACCAUUUUUUCCUAAUGAGGCUGAAAAAAAGAAUGUCAGCAAUACAGUUAUUGGAAUGAUCUUUGGAUGUUUUGCUCUGUUCGACUUGCUAUCAUGCCUGUUAUUUGGGAAAUAUCUUGUACACAUUGGAGCAAAGUUUAUGUUUGUGGCAGGAAUGUUUGUCUCAGGAGGAGCUACAAUUCUGUUUGGCAUGUUGGACCAAGCUCCUGAUGGACCAGUAUUUAUUACUCUGUGUUUUCUAGUGAGAGUGGUGGACGCCAUAAGUUUUGCUGCAGCAAUAACUGCAUCGUUUUCUAUUCUUGCAAAAGCUUUUCCAAAUAAUGUAGCUACAGUAAUGGGAAGCCUUGAAAUCUUUUCUGGUCUGGGCCUAGUUUUGGGACCUCCUCUAGGUGGUUUUUUAUACCAAACCUUUGGCUAUGAAGUACCCUUUAUUUUUCUUGGAUGCUUAGUUCUGCUGAUGGUGCCACUCAACAUGUGUAUUUUACCUAAUUAUGAGUCUGCUCCUAGUGAACACUCAUUCUGGAAACUCAUUACUCUACCCAAGGUUGGAUUUAUAUCAUUUGUCAUCAUUUCUUUAAGUGGAUGCUUUGGCUUCUUGGACCCUACAUUGUCUCUCUUUAUAUUGAAUAAAUUUAAUUUGUCAUCAGGAUAUGUGGGACUCGUAUUUCUGGGAUUGGCAUUAUCAUAUUCUAUUUCUUCACCUCUCUUUGGAUUGCUAAGUGAUAAAAUUCCAUACCUAAGGAAAUGGCUCUUGGUUUUUGGAAACAUAAUAACAGCAGUAUGUUAUAUGCUUUUAGGACCUAUUCCAAUCUUGCAUAUUGAAAGUCAGCUCUGGUUGAUAAUCCUAGUACUGGUUGUGAAUGGCAUCUCUGCUGGAAUGAGUAUAAUACCAACUUUUCCGGAGAUACUCAGUUGCGCAUAUGAAAAUGGAUUUGAAGAAGGAUUAAGCACAUUGGGACUUGUGUCUGGGCUUUUGGGUGCAAUGUGGUCACUUGGAGCAUUCAUAGGACCAACACUAGGUGGAUUUUUAUAUGAAAAAAUUGGUUUUGAAUGGGCUGCAGCUAUACAAGGACUCUGGACUCUAAUUACUGGACUGGUGAUGGGACUAUUUUAUGUUCUGGAGCAUUGGCGAGGAAAGAGACGUGACCUCCAAAAUACCCUCAUCACAGAAGAAGAAAGAGAAGAAAGAACAUCUCUAUUACCCCAUGAGAUAUAAUCUUACAUACUCUGGAUAGACAGAAUGCUUGAAACUGUAUUCUUGUUACUUUUAGAAAUCAGAAAAAAAAAUUUUUUUCAGAAAGAAGAUCCUGUAAACAAGACACAGGGCCUUAAAACCAGUCUUCUGAACCUGUUGACACUACCUUUUGAAUAAUCCAGUUAGGCAGUAAAUGGCCUUAAUAAAGUGGCCAACUUUGAUGCACAUUGUACAGGACAAAUUGUUGGAAAAUUCUGUGGACCUUUUUUUAAGUGAAUGUCAAAGCUCCUUGUUUUCUGGGCUAGGUAGCUGAAUGUAUUAAAAUUUCUUACUAGUUUAAUAUGUGUUUUACCAGAAGUGCAAUCAUUCUGUAAAUGCACUUUUUAUAGGGGGGCGGAGGGGUUGGGGAAAGAGGAUGACUUAACUUAUCUAUGGUAAUUAAUAACUGCAAUGAACUUAAUAACUCAAAAUAUUUUAAAAAUGAAUUUAAAAUUAAAUAAAACAUCUUUCUUAGUGUUGAACUCAUUUGUCUAUCCAAUUCAGAAGGGAAAAUUCCUUAUUACUUAUUAUUAUAAAAAGAUAAAGAAAAUAAAGGAAAGGAAAAGAAUGAUCGGAUGUGUUUUUGAAAGGCACAUGAGCAGCAUUCCUUGUUUGUCUUUUUUAUAACAUACAAAUUUGGCCUUAUUUACAUAAUAAGAUUUAUCCUAGCUCAGCAGCCUCAGGCUUAGUUUUCCCAUCUAUAAAACAAAUAAAUGUUUUACUUCAGAAGUUUUCUUUUAAAAAAGAAAACUUUAAAACUCCUUUGAUCUAUUGUUAAAAUGUCUAGACAAAUGUUCAGGUGCAGUACUUUCGGUUUAAAAGCUGAGAACAACAUGGCCUUAGAUUGAGUUUGAUUCAUCUUGGACUUCUAUUUAACUCCCAUAUCAAACUUAUUACCAAAUCUUGUCAUUUCUACCUUCACAUCCAAUUUUCUAGACAUCAUCUUUUCUCCAUGUACAAAUAACCACUAUCCUCAUUCAAUUUUUAAUCACUUCCUGCCUGGACAAUUGCAGUGACCUUCAAAUUGGAUUACUAUCCUCUGGUCUCUCCUCUCUCCAAACCAUUUUUUUAUUCAGCUGCCAAAGUGAUUUUCCUAAAGCUUAAUUCUGUGUAGACCAUCUCCCUGUUCAGCAAAUAUUAGUGGCUCACUAAUUCCUCCAGGAUCAAAUAAAAAAGUCCUCUGAUAUUUAAAGCCUCUUUACAACCUGGCCACUUCUUACUUUUCUAGUUUUGUUAUACUUUAUUGCUCUCCAUGUUGCAAUCUAACUGAUAGUGUAUUUGUUAUUCCUUGUCUUUGCACUGGCUGUCUCUUUCUCUGAGUUUCCCUUUUUUUCUUUCAAGUUGUUAUUUUUCUGUCACAGGUAUUUAUUACACACCUGUUGAUUAAAGCUCAUUUUCU